UUUUGACACUUUUACACCUAACGUCCAUUGCACAUUAGCCACUCUAUGUGCAACGGGCAUAGAAUAUAAAAGUAUAAAAGUGCAAGCAACGUGAAUAAACAAACCUAUGGUUAGAAUUUAACAAUUUGUCGUCAUCUUAUAGCCAUCUAUAGCAAAAUUUUGCAUCCCUGGUGCGAAUAAAGGUUAACGCCAUGGUUGAACCCGGUACAUCCACAUCAGAGUCUUCAGACAGCGGAAUACUGAAGAAUAUUAAAAUGGAACCUGGUCUGCCAGCCUCAACGCAAAGAUUAACAUCUUACCGUUUGCCACGAGAUCUAACAUUAGGCGGAAAUGUUAAGAUUGAGAAGCCGAAGAGGAUUUACAUGCCUAACCUCAAUGCUCAGCGGAACAAGAGGAAGGAUGAACCGGUAACAUCUAAAGUUGAGCCCACAAAGUCGAGAGACAGUGGACCCAGAGAUCGUGGAAGAGGACAAAACAGAGGAGACAGAGCACGUGGUAGAGGAAAUGUAAUACAAUCUGUGGGUGUGUGGUCGGAAGGUGUAAAUGUACCUUUAGCUAAUAGAAGGUCGGGUAGUUCAGGAAGUCGUAUCGCAAGUGCCAGAAAGUUCCUGGACAGACCAAAGAUGGACUUAAAUAAAGUUGUUAAUAAAGUAGAAGAAGAAAAAUUGAGAAAUCUUUAUCUGGGAGACGAUUCUGGCGAUAAUAAUAUAGAUCCUGAUGUAAAAAUUGAUUAUAUAAUGCUGCCUAUGAAGGAAGACCAUGUUAGAAAAUCGUAUAAAGAGGAGGUUAAAACAGAAAUCGACUCACUUGCUGCCGAAAGUGAGAUUGAUAGGAAACCAAUCAUUUCGGAAAAUGGUGAAGUGAAAAACGUGAAGAAAGAACAGAAAGUAAAGACGGAGAUGUUGACAGAGAAGGAAGAAUUGGAAGAUUCAAAUAAGCGAGUCCAGGAAAUAAUUGAGAACCAAUCCAAUUCUUACAUACUUAUGCAAUUUCCACCAGGCUUGCCAGGCCUGAUAUCUAACGAUGACAAGGAUGAGCCGGAGGAAUCAAACCGACCAAAUGACUCCAGGUUAACCACUAGCACAAAUGAUAAAAAGAAAGUCUGCAACACCCUGGGUGAUGUAAAAAGUAGCGGUCUCAUAGGUAAACUCCAAAUUUUGAAGUCUGGUAAAGUGAGGUUACAGAUUGGUAAAAACUAUUUCUUGGUCUUCGACGGUACACACUAUACGUCCCUUCAGCACGUUUUAGCUGCAGAUCUGGACACGAUGUCAUUAACUGGCGAAUUUGUCAAUCUUGGUCCAGUAAAAGACAGCCUAUCAUGUGCAAUACAUGUUGAUUAUAUGCUAGGCAAUGUUGACAUCAGUUAAACUCGAGAAACGUUCUAUGUAAUGACGUCAUUAAGCUUCGUUUAUAAAAAAAAUGCUUGCAACAUUACCAUAACCAUAG